UUAGAGGAGCUGCACAAGGCAGGAAUGGAUGUGUACUGCUGGAACUCCUAGGGAACCCAUGAGAGAAAUACAGAGACUACACGGGCAGCACAUGACCACUGUCCGCCCGCCACCCCUGCAAUAACUUCAAGCACAUACACACAAGAGUUCUGCAAUUACUGUUAGCAACUCCUGGCCACCAGCGCUGAAUGCACCAUGGUUCUUCGUGUCUGGCACCUUGCUUGGAUUACAUUAGGCUCCUGGCUCGCUCUUUUUGCACAUAUCGGGGAGGCACAGACAACGAAGGAAGUUAUUUUGCUGGAUUCCAAAGCACAACAGACAGAAUUGGAAUGGAUCUCUUCUCCUUCCAGUGGGUGGGAAGAAAUCAGUGGCUUGGAUGAAAAUUACACACCAAUUAGAACUUAUCAGGUAUGUCAGGUCCUGGAACCCAACCAGAACAACUGGCUGCGGACUAACUGGAUUUCAAAAGCCAAUGCACAAAGGAUUUUUGUUGAGUUAAAGUUCACAUUAAGGGAUUGUAAUAGUCUUCCUGGUGUACUGGGAACCUGCAAGGAAACGUUUAACUUGUAUUAUUACGAAACAGAUUACGAUACUGGCAGAAACAUGAGAGAAAAUCAAUAUGUGAAAAUAGACACCAUUGCCGCAGAUGAAAGUUUUACCCAAGGAGACCUUGGUGAGCGAAAAAUGAAACUUAACACAGAGGUUCGGGAAAUUGGGCCUCUCUCAAAAAAGGGAUUUUACCUGGCAUUUCAGGACGUAGGAGCCUGCAUUGCCCUGGUUUCAGUAAAAGUGUACUAUAAAAAGUGUUGGACCAUUAUUGAGAAUUUGGCCAUCUUCCCUGACACUGUUACUGGCUCUGAAUUCUCCUCCUUGGUUGAAGUAAGAGGGACUUGUGUCAGCAAUGCAGAGGAAGAGGCAGAAAAUUCUCCAAAGAUGCACUGCAGCGCUGAAGGUGAAUGGCUGGUUCCCAUUGGAAAGUGUAUCUGCAAAGCAGGAUAUCAACAGAAAGGGGAUACAUGUGAACCAUGUGGUCGUGGAUUCUAUAAAUCGUCAUCUCAAGACUUGCAAUGCUCACGGUGCCCAGCACACAGCUUCUCUGACAGGGAAGGCUCAUCCCGUUGUGACUGUGAAGAUGGUUAUUACCGAGCCCAUUCUGAUCCACCUUAUAUCGCCUGUACAAGACCACCCUCAGCACCACAAAAUCUAAUUUACAAUAUCAACCAGACAACAGUGACCCUGGAAUGGAGUCCUCCUGCAGACAGUGGUGGAAGAAAUGAUGUUACAUAUCGAGUCAUAUGUAAACGCUGCAGCUGGGAUCAGGGGGAAUGUGUACCCUGUGUAAAUACUGUUGGAUUUGUGCCACAGCAAAGUGGAUUAGUAGAUACUUACAUAACUGUUGUGGACCUUGUUGCUCAUGCUAACUACACAUUCGAAGUUGAAGCUGUGAACGGUGUGGCAGACCUGAGUCGAUCCCAAAGGUUAUUUGCUGCAGUCAGUAUCACCACUGGCCAAGCUGCUCCUUCCCAAGUAAGUGGCGUAAUGAAGGAAAGAGUGUUACAGCGCAUUGUGGAUCUAUCCUGGCAGGAGCCUGAACAUCCCAAUGGAGUCAUCACAGAAUAUGAAAUCAAGUAUUAUGAAAAGGAUCAAAGGGAGCGUACAUAUUCUACAUUGAAAACAAAAUCAACAUCUGCUUCCAUCAAUAAUCUUCGACCUGGGACAGUUUAUGUGUUUCAAAUCCGAGCCUUUACUGCUGCUGGCUAUGGAAUGUACAGUCCUAGGCUUGAUGUCACUACCCUGGAGGAGGCUACCGGUAACCUUUCAACUUUUUUCUACACUACAGCUGUAACCAGUGAGCAGAAUCCAGUCAUUAUAAUUGCAGUGGUUGCCGUGGCAGGCACUAUUAUUCUGGUCUUCAUGGUUUUUGGCUUCAUCAUAGGGAGAAGGCAUUGUGGUUAUAGCAAAGCUGAUCAGGAAGGAGAUGAAGAACUUUACUUUCAUUUUAAAUUUCCAGGCACCAAAACUUACAUUGACCCUGAAACAUACGAAGAUCCAAAUAGAGCUGUCCAUCAAUUUGCCAAGGAGUUAGAUGCAUCCUGUAUAAAAAUUGAGCGCGUGAUUGGUGCAGGAGAAUUUGGCGAAGUGUGCAGUGGUCGGCUGAAGCUUCCUGGAAAAAGAGAUGUAGCUGUUGCUAUAAAAACCCUUAAAGUUGGCUAUACAGAAAAACAGAGAAGAGACUUUUUGUGUGAAGCGAGUAUAAUGGGCCAGUUUGACCAUCCAAAUGUUGUUCAUUUGGAAGGAGUUGUAACACGCGGAAAGCCAGUAAUGAUUGUAAUUGAAUACAUGGAGAAUGGAGCUCUAGAUGCAUUUUUAAGGAAAUCUUUGGAAAUGUUUACUUCAGCUCCCAAAAAUAAACGUACAGGAUCUACUCAGACAAUGCCCUUUGUAAAAGUCCAAACACUAAACACCCCGGGAUCAAAUGCCCAGAAAUCUUUGGAAAUGUUUACUUCAGCUCCCAAAGGUAAACGUACAGGAUCUACUCAGACAAUGCCCUUUGUAAAAGUCCAAACACUUAACACCCCGGGAUCAAAUGCCCAGAAGCAUGAUGGACAGUUCAAUGUCAUCCAGUUGGUUGGGAUGCUGAGAGGGAUAGCAGCUGGAAUGAGAUAUUUGGCUGACAUGGGAUAUGUACAUCGCGAUCUUGCUGCACGAAACAUUCUGGUCAACAGUAAUCUUGUCUGCAAAGUGUCUGACUUUGGAUUAUCUCGAGUCAUAGACGAUGAUGCAGAUGCAGUAUACACAACAACAGGAGGAAAAAUUCCAGUCAGAUGGACAGCUCCAGAGGCAAUUCAGUACCGCAAGUUUACAUCAGCCAGCGAUGUGUGGGGUUAUGGAAUUGUAAUGUGGGAAGUCAUGUCGUAUGGAGAAAGGCCUUAUUGGGACAUGUCAAAUCAGGAUGUCAUAAAGGCUAUCGAGGAAGGUUAUCGGUUACCAGCACCAAUGGACUGUCCUGCUUGUCUUCAUCAACUGAUGUUAGAUUGUUGGCAGAAGGAACGUGGGGAAAGGCCCAAAUUUGAACAAAUUGUUGGUAUUCUAGACAAAAUGAUUCGCAAUCCCAACAGUUUGAAAACUCCAAUGAAUACUUGUAAUAGACCUGCAAGCCCACUAUUGGACCAAAACACCCUUGAUUUCUCAACAUUCUGCUCUGUUGGAGAGUGGCUAGAAGCUAUUAAGAUGGAACGAUAUAAGGAAAAUUUCAGUUCAGCAGGAUACAAUUCCCUUGAUUCUGUGGCCAGGAUGACUAUCAAUGAUGUCAUGAGCUUAGGAAUUUCAUUGGUCGGCCACCAAAAGAAGAUUAUGAGCAGUAUUCAGACUAUGAGAGCACAAAUGUUACACCUUCAUGGAACAGGGAUACAGGUGUGAUAGAAAGCCCUCCCUAAAAAGGGAGGAAGGACUAUGAGAUAACAGCACUGGCCUUCACUAUACAAUAACUGCUGCUAGAAUAUGCUCAGUUUACUGAGCCUUCUGUACUACAGUUUCUGCAGUAGAUGAAAACCAACUAGAUCCUCAAGCACCUACAGACUUGAACUCCUAAGUGCCACCGGACCUUACCUGAGUGAGAAAUUGGAUCAAAACUAUGUGGCAAGGAAAACAGCAGUAAUAACAAAGUACUACCUGAUCAAAAACAACAAAAUAGAGCUCUUUAACCUCCUUUUUGCCCAAUGAACUUUUUUCAAAUGUACUGUACAUAAAUAAUUUUGAAAAAGAAUAUAUUUGUUGGACAAAAUCUCAAGAUUGUUGGUAAAUACGGCAAACUAUUUUCCUUAAGCUGUGUUUUAUGAUAUAACCUUAUUUUUUAAUGUGUUAUUCUCCUUAGAUUUUCUUUUGAGGGUAAAUAUGUUUAAUUGCACACAGAUUAGGAGACUUUGGCAUGAUUACAAGUUAUAUUUUGAAUGCUGUUAUUUAGGCAUCUUAGAUAUCUAUGUAGAUGUUGGUAAAUCAUCAGCUGGUGAGUAAAAUCUGCAGGUUAAUAACUGUUUAUUUUUAGAUAUUUUCUAAAGACUUGCUGAAUACAAAGCAAUAAUGGCACUCAGUGCGGCCAUGGCACCUUUGAUACAGCGUACACAGUGAAAACAUUAUGUGAUUUAUAAAUUGCUAAAUUGAGAGUUAUUUAAUUCUCUGAGAAACAGGGUCUCCUAAAAUACGUACAAGAAACAGUACUGUAAAGUAUCAAGCCUUCCCUAUGCGAAUGUCAAUUUUAAUAAAAAAAAGACUAUUGUGAUAAAGUCACUGUCUAAACCUUUCACUGCCUGCGAUAACUGCAAGGUGACUGAGAAAUCAGCUUUUUUUUUUUCUUUUCUUUUUACAACAAUUUGAAAUAGCCAAAUUAUAUUUUGUACAAGAUCUUGUAAAAUGCAAUUCCUAUUUGAUUGUAUGGUUUUAGAUUUUGUAUUUAUAUAUCAGGGUGAAAAGGGUAGCUCUUAUGUUUUAAAGAGUUUGACAUGUUAAAACACCCACUCUUUAGGACUGGUUAACUAAAUUAGUCAUUUUCAGUGUAGACUGUGUUUUUUUUUUUUUUUUCAAAUAUCUAAUCAGGUUCAGGAAGUGUCCAACCUUUUUAAACUCCCACAAGCCUGGUUGGGUAUUUAAAGUAAACACGGACUGAAGCAAUAUGCACUACUAUAGUAAACCAGCCCUCACUGCAUCACAUUAAAUAGGUUAGUACCUUUGUUUUUUAAGUAGGUAACUAUCAGACGAGAACAGUUUUCGUCUUUUUUUUCUGUCUACCAGAAGCAAUAAUGAAUUGUGUCUUUCUAAAUAUUCCCUCUGUGCAUAACUUUAGAGUAAGAGAUAUAUUUGUAAAAUAUGUUAGAUGGUGGAUGACCCAUCAUGUAGAAUCCUGUCCUUCCGAAAAGAUUUGGGUUGCUUAAAGAAAGAUCCCAGGGAUCAGAAAUUGGUCUUCUUUGAUUAUGUGGGCAUCCACAGAAAUUGUAAAUGUUUCAGUGUAAAGUGUGUAAAUUUUAUUUAUACUGUCUUGUUUUGUACACACAUUUCUCUGUAGUGAGCUCUGAAUAUGUUGAAAUGCACUAUAUUUUUCUAUUUUACUUGCAGAGGAUCACAAAAACAGGUAUUUCAAUGCUACAUUAUGUAUUUUACCAUAUAGGACCAAAGAUGGCUGCAGAAAACACAAACAGAUUAUCUCUUCUACUUCUGUUACUUUACACUCAUUCAGAUCUCUGUACAUUGUUAUUUUAUGACAUUUUAUUUAUUUGAUUGUUAGGAAAAAAAGAUCAUUUCUAAGAUGUUUCCUUAAAAAGAAAAUACUAAAUCGCAUUUACAAUAUUUCCAUUUCAUAGACACUUCCAUUUGUAAUCUUUGUAAUAGACUGUAAAUAUAUUUUUGGAAGUA